AGUGAGCGAGGAUUCAGGGCGUGAGCGCGCAGAGCUGUUGCCGGAUGAGUGUCGCGCGCCGUCCCUGACCAAAGCAGCACAUGAGCGCGCGUGUGUGCGUGUGCGCUCCUUUCACAUUAUUCUCAUCAUUUUUAUUACCGAUUGUGAGUGAUUGAUUGAUUUAUAUAUCAUGUCUGUGCUGGAGGAGUACGAGCGCGCGCCCAAGCGCCUGAAGGUCUCCGCUGAAGAUGAGGAGGAGCUGGAGGAAGGCGAGGAGUCAGACUCAGCAUCCGCGGGGCUCAUGGGUGACGAUGAGGAGGAUGAAGGGCAGAGCAGAGCGCGAUGGAGCUCCGCGGACAGGAAGGAUAACGGCUCCGAGACUCACCGCAUCGCUCCGUCUCCCGUCGUUCAUGUCCGAGGAUUGUGUGAAUCUGUGGUGGAGGCUGAUCUGGUCGAGGCCUUGGAAAAAUUCGGAAACAUCUGUUACGUGAUGAUGAUGCCGUUCAAGCGUCAGGCUCUGGUGGAGUUCGAGGAGGUCCAGAGCGCCGACCGCUGCGUGGCGUGCGGCUCCCAGGAGCCCGUCUACAUCGCCGGUCAGCAGGCCUACUUCAACUACUCCACCAGCAAACGCAUCACGCGGCCCACCAACGCCGACGACCCCAACAGCGGGAACAAAGUGCUGCUGCUGUCCAUCCAGAACCCGCUCUACCCCAUCACUACGGAUGUUUUGUACACAGUCUGUAAUCCAAUCGGAAAUGUGCUACGGAUUGUGAUCUUCAAGAGAAAUGGAAUCCAAGCCAUGGUGGAGUUUGAAUCCAUCCAGAACGCCCAGAAGGCCAAAGCCGCCCUCAACGGGGCUGACAUCUACGCCGGCUGCUGCACGCUGAAAAUCGAAUACGCUCGGCCCUCACGCCUCAACGUCAUCAGAAACGACAACGACAGCUGGGACUACACCAAACCCUUCCUGCUGCGACGAGAGCGCGGUAAAGGCCGACAGCGGCAGGCCAUCCUGGGAGAACAUCCGUCCUCGUACAGCGACAACGGAUACGGGUCACACUGCCCCCUGCUGCCUCUGCCCAGUAAUAACCGUUUCAAGCGCAGCUCUCAUGACGUGCCGGAGGUGGUGUCGUAUCCGCUGCCUCAGACCUCCUCCUACAUGAGCCACGCCUCCAGCUCUGUUGCCAUGGUGAGCGGCCUGCAUCCCGCCAAGAUGAACUGCACCCGCAUCUUCAACCUCUUCUGUCUGUACGGAAACAUUGAGAAGGUGAAGUUCAUGAAGAGCGUCCCGGGCACGGCUCUAGUGGAGAUGGGUGAUGAAUAUGCGGUUGACAGAGCGAUUACACACCUGAACAGCAUCAAGGUCUUCAGCAAACGACUCAACGUCUGCGUGUCGAAGCAGCACGCCGUCAUCCCCAGUCAGGUGUUCGAGUUGGAGGACGGCUCCAGCAGCUACAAGGACUUCGCCAUGACCCGCAACAACCGCUUCACCAGCGCCGGUCAGGCCUCCAAGAACAUCAUCCAGCCUCCGUCGUGUGUGCUGCACUUCUACAACGUGCCGCCCUGCAUCAGUGAAGACGACCUGCAGCGGUUAUGCACAGAACACGACGUCCCAGGAUUCAUCAAAUACAAAGUGUUUGAUGCCAAACCCAGUUCAAAGACCAUCUCUGGUUUACUGGAGUUCGACAGUAAGACUCACGCUGUGGAGGUUCUGACGGUUCUCAAUCACUAUCAGAUCCGGAUACCCAAUGGUUCGAACCCGUACACGCUGAAGCUGUGCUUCUCCACCUCCUCACAUCUCUGAGCCGGAGCGACUCAAUCUCCUGCUCCUCUUCUUCGGUUUUUGUCGUCUUUGUUUUUUUGUCUGUAAAUCAAACCAGGAAACUGACACACACACACACACACACACACUCUCUGGAUGAUGUCACUGACGGCAGGACCACGGCAAACACAGGAAGAGCCGAUGAACGACACGGGCUGUUUCGUUCCAUGUAUUUGCUAGUUAAAUUGUUUUCAGGGCGUUUUUUGACCGGACGACAUACGAUAAACACGACAUGAACUGAAACACUGAACUGACGUGUGCAUGACACAGAACAUGGAACACGUGUCUUUAUUAUUUAUGUGUACAGCGGCAGGGGUUUACUAGAGACUAAAGGAUCACCUGCUGGGUUAACCGCUUAACUAGUCACAUGACCUGUAGUCUGUCUGUGCAUUUGUUGUAGUUCUGGGUUUGGGUAGAUGAUUGUGAGACUCUUUGAUCAAUGUCAGUAUGUUAGAUUGACUGCAGCCCUGAUCCAGACACACGAUCAUCACGGCUUCAACACCAGCUGUACAGGAAAGUAGUUUGUUUGUAACUUCCUCUGUUCUUACUCUAGUUGCAGCGUUUGUUCUCAAGGCAGAGCUCAUAAAGUUUACCACCGUUACUGAUCCAGUAAGAAGCCUGCAGUUUUAUCUCACUGCAGUCGAUUUGCUUAACUGUCAGCGAUGAUUAAUUACAUUUCCAUUUAGAGCGACGCAAAAAUAGUCAUAAAAUAAUUCAUGUUUUCAAAUAUGUAAAUAAUAUAAAGGAACUGUAUCUAAAAUUAACAAAGGGCAAUAAAUAAAUACUAAUACAUCCAGUUAUAUAAAUUAAAUUUUUAUGUUUUUAUUCUUAAAUGUAUGCGUUGAUAGGGUUUCAUGCUGGAGCGCCACAAUCGAGUCUGUUAUGCACAUAAUACUCUCUUUUUUAAAAUUUAAACAAGUGUGAAUGUUGCCAUCAUCAUCAUCAUCAUCAGUCUGUCAGAUAAAACAUGAGCUCAUGACGUCAUUUCAUCAGUCUGAUGUUUUAUUCCUGAUUGAUAUCGAACAAAAUUAUGUCCUAAGAAGUUAAAGGUGCAGUAAGCAAUUUCUGAGAAACGUUCUGAAAUCACCAAAACAAACAGGCAUCUUGAUAGCUCCGCCCCCAAAUUCAUGAAAAUGCUAUGCAGCACAGGCACCUCCCCCCUAAUGAGUGGACACGCCCCUUACUGCUGAUUGGCUAUAAGUGUGUUUUGUUGGUCAGUUAGAUCCACUUUCAACAGCGUUUCUCAGAAAUUGCUUUCUGCACCUUUAAGAAACAUUAUUUCUAAAUAUUGUCUGAACGUUUAAAAAACAUUUUUUCUUGAACGUUCCAUUUUAUCAUUCUGCAAACAUUAUGGGAACGUUACUUUUGAAUGUUCUAUAAAACAAGUAGUAACAUUUAAAAAACGUUUUGUGCUAACGUUUUGAGAACAUUAUUAAAGACCAGAUAAUUUUGAACAAACGUUCUAUUAACGUUACUGAAAGAAUGUUUGUUAGUAACGUUAGAGAACCUUACCAGAACGUUCUGAGAACGUUUCCUGUUAGCUGAGUUGCAACUUAGUGGCCAUUUACACCUUAAAUACCCUAAUUUUUACAGUAACUUGCACACAGCUGGUGUAACCGGCCUGAUGGUCAGAUCUGUGUCUUGGCUCUUCAGUGGCUGCACCGAGAGGAACAUGUUAUUAUUAUUAUUAUUAUUAUAAGUUCAUGUGUAACUGACACAUCAACACAUCAGCAGUUCACUGUGAGCAUGUGCAGUCAUUAAAACAUCUGCAGGUCA